GCUGGAUCGCUGCCCGAAUGCGUCCAACGUCAUUUCGCGUCUCCGUCCGCCAUGGCGGUUUCCACUGCGUUGGUCUCCCUCCUCCUCCUCCUGCUUGUAGCCGCUUUCUCUUCGCCGCUGGCGAUCACGGCGGGCAGGGUCGUGGUCAGAGACGGCACCUCGUGCACAAUGUGCGCCUCCUGCGACGACCCCUGCCAACCCAUCGCCUCCCCGCCGCCGCCCUCGCCGCCGCCGUCGCCGCCGCCUCCUUCGCCGACCACAUACGAGUGCCCUCCGCCGCCGUCAGACACCCCGGGGACCUUCUACUACUACUCCCCUCCCCCGCCUUCCGCCGGCGGCAGCGGCAAUGGCGGCGGCUACUACUACUCCCCGCCGACCGACGUCUACUACAACGCGCCGCCGCCGCCCAACCCGUUCUUACCGUACUUCCCGUUUUACUAUAACAGUCCUCCCUCUCCCUCCGCCUACUCUUCGGCCGCCGCCGCCUCCGCUCGGGAGCUCUACUUUUCUUCCAUUCUCCCGGCCUCAUCACUUUCACUGCUACUCCUCUUCUCCUUCUUCUUCUUCUUGUAGGAGAAACCUGAUGCAGAGAAGCAGCAGCAGAAGAAGAAGCAGGGCCUUAUAAUUAAAUCUCAAUUUCAGUUACAUUUAGUCAAUUGUUAUUGGAAUAAUUAUGGAUACAAUGUAAGAAUUAAACGUAUAUGCGUGCUCUGCAGCUAGCAUUGACAAA